GAGCCGGCCAGCCCAUUGCCACCUAUUCAAAACAAAAUAUUAAUAUCAUUCUUUAAUCCCAUAUCUAUACUUGAGGAAAAGAAAAUCAGAAUUUGGAUUCAAAAUCAGAUUCUGGCAUAACAGAUUCCCCCAUUUUUUAGGAACAUUUGAGUUUUAAACGUUGGCUUAGUUUUGGAGGUUGUAAUUAGUAGUCAUCUCCUUCCCUGCCAAACAACUCAGAAGAAUCUCCAGCUUCAUCUUCCAUGUUGCCAAAGAUCUCAUCUUCAUCUGAGUUGCAGCUCACUGUACGUGGUGUGCCUUUGAGUUUGAGCAGAGAACUUCUGGCUACAAAAUCAGCCAGAGUAGCAGCUGGGAUCCCCCAUGAAAAGCUAUCGCAUUUCCUCAGAGAAAUUCCUGUUGAUGCAGAAACUUUAGAGCUUGUUGCAAGAUUCUGCCGUGGAUUUGAAGUUCACAUGUCCCCUGAAAAUGUUGUGCCUCUCAUUUGUGUUGCCUACUACUUGGAAAUGACUGAAACUCACGCCAAAAAUAAUCUUUUAAGCCAGGCUUACAACUUCUUACGGAGGAAAGUUCUCCCCAGUUGGAAUGCCACCAUUAAAGUCUGCAAAGCAGCAGAGAAUGAGAAUUUUCUUCAACAGGCAAUUCAUCUUGGCUUGGUUGAUGCGUGCUUCGAGUCUCUUAUUUCAAAAGCACUGGUUGAUCCUCAGCUUCUACUUCUUGGAGAGCCAAUAAUAAAAAAUCAUGCAUCUGAAGAGCAAAUUUGCAACAAGCCCAAUGCAAGGCGAAGAAUUUCAUUUGUUGAUAAUUGGGAGUCUGAGGAUUUGACAGCAUUCUCUCUCCAACUCUAUGAGCCCCUCAUUCGAACAAUGAAUAAGCAGAGAGUUCCAUCAGAGUACCUGGGUGCAUCCAUUUGUCAAUAUGCAAAAAGAUGGAUUUUUUCAAGCACCAUUAAUGACAUUAACAGGAAUUCUCAAAGGGAAAUCAUUGAAGCAGUUGAACGGCUGUUGCCUCUUGAGAAAGGGCUCAUACCAUGUAGAUUAUUGUUCGAAAUGCUUCGGUCUGCAAUUGCGAUGGAUGCUAGUCAAGAUUGCAGAACUGGGUUUGAGAUUAGGAUUGGAAAACAACUAGACCAAGCAACAGUAAAAGAUCUCUUAAUUCCUUCAGCUAAAGAAGUGCAAUAUGACAUUGAAUGUUUGAAGAGGAUUUUAAAGAAUUUCUACAGCAGCUACUGUAACUCCAGUACAGAAGGGUGGCUGACUGUGGCGGAACUGAUUGAAGAAUUCAUGGCAGAAGUUGCAGGUGACAUAGAUUUGAAGAAGGAAACAUUUAUCUCCAUUGCAAACAUAGCAACAACAACAUCCUCAGCCUUAACACAAAGAAACUUAGAUGGAAUUUACAGGGGCAUUGAUAUAUACUUUGACAAGCAUAAAUACUUGACAGAGACUGAGAGAGAAGAGAUAUGCAAAGUUUUAGAAUGGGAAAAGAUGUCAGCAGAAGCCUGUGAACACGCAGCCAAAAACGAAAGAUUGCCAUUGAGGGUGAUUGUGCAAGUGUUGUUUAUGGCACAACUACAGGUAAGAGAUGCCAUUUUAAGUAAGGAUGAGGAGAAAGUGAUGAAAGAAAUAAAGGAAACGAGCAACAAGGUGAUGGAGCUAGAAAGAGAGUGCUUUAUGAUCAGGAAAGAAUUAAGUGGGAAUAAUGACAAGAAAAAAGGGAAAAUUAGCAUGUGGAAUGAAAUGAAAAGGAAGUUUGGUUGCAUCGAAACAACAAUUCAUGACUGUAAUUGCCAAUUCAAGCAUCAAAGGAAGAAGAAUAAGGUGCAUCCUGGAUCUGGAAUUUAAUCUUUGGUUGCAGGCAAGUGUGUUUUCCUUUCUAAUUUAGCCUUGAUUGGACUUUGAAGAGAGCAAUUGUGUAUGCAAGUAGUUAAAUCGUCUUAUAUAUAUUUUACUAUUGAAUACAAUUGAAGGAAGGAGUGGAUUCAAUA